UUCAUUAGGAAUGCCACUGACUUCCAUCCAGUAAACGUUUGUAUGAUAUCUAUUCAUGGUGCUGGCUGCAAAUGUCUUUUCUACAUUCUCAGAGUCACUUUGUAUGUGACCCAAAGAGCAAGCAUAGUUCUAAAAGGAAUUUGAACGAGGGGCAAUUUUUGUGCCCCUUUCAUCAAAAAAUGAAGCGGAGAUGUGAUUCGUCGAAGCUUGAACCAGACAGCUUGAAGCCACAUUCUGGAUCUCAUAAUCUUUGGGUUGCUUUUCUUUCCAUCUGUAUUGUGCAACAUUUUGAGCCAUAUGGCCCCAAAUUCUUAGCAAAAGCUGCAAAACACAUUAUACUAUCAACAUAUCAAAUGUCAUUCAAGCAGUGUUUGAAUUUUCAAUUGAGUCUUUUGGAUUCGGUAUAAAUCAUUGAGACUAUGGACUCCUUGCUGAGAGAACUUAUUCAAGGCCUGUUUUUCUAAUUUUACUCUGCUCCAUAAUGUUAAGAUCUUCUUUCAAGUCCAUGUACUUCUGGAGGUUUCAAUGUCUGGCUCCAACAUUGUCCAUCCCGAAUUGGCGACAUAGAGGCCCAGAAGAGAAACUACCGUUGAAGAAGAAAAUUGGUGUUGGAUGAGAAGGAUGAGUAAGAUCCUAGAGAGCCAUAGUAGCAGCCAUGUCGAGUGGUGAGCGCAAAAGUUCACGAAUUAUUGAGCGGGAAGCACAAAAGGCCAAAGAAACAAAGAACCGAAGGAAGGGCAGAGAUACAUGCCAACUACCCAGAGGAAAGGAUGUAGAUUCUGUACAAGUCAGUUCCAAAUCAAAGAGUAGGAAAAAGGCCAAGAACAAGCAUGUUGAAGAUCUGGUUUUGAACACAGUUGACAGCCAAGUGCAGAAGGCUGAUAUUCAGUGUUAUAAUGAAGAUCAUCAUAUUAAUUCUGUUACCAUGUCGUCUAGAACUGCAUUACCAGAAAAGGGCAAGCUUGAAAUACUGCUAGGUGUAUUGAAAAGGAAAGACUCAAAUAAAUACUUUGCUCAACCAGUAGACCCAAAGAAGGUCAAAUAUUAUGAUGAGGUGAUUAAAGAACCAAUGGAUUUUGGGACAAUUGCGAAAAAACUUAAUGAAGGACGAUAUGAGGUGCUUGAAGAAUUUGAGUAUGAUGUAGUCUUGGUAUCCAGGAAUGCAAUGCAUUUCAAUGGUCCAAGAACGGUUUAUUACAAAGAGGCUGAAGGGAUAAAAGAGCUGUCUGAGCAGCUUUUUCGUGUUCUCAAAACCGAACCUGAGAACUUUGAAGAUGUAUUUUCCAAGGCUGAAAUGAAAUUCCCAAAUUCUAAGUCUUGGAACAAGAGAACUAACACUCAGACAAAAUCAAAAGAACCUAGAAAUGAGAGAAGAUUUGAAUAUACUGGACCAGAGCGACGCAGAACCUAUAAGCCUUUGAGUUCUCUUAGCGAGGAGUCUUCUGUGCUUAUACUUGAUGGUGAAUCAAAAGCACUCAAUCAGGUUAAUCAGAAUGGCGUAGGAUACGUUGAGAGUAUAUUGCGUUUUGCUAAGGAUUUGGGGCCAACAGCUCAGAAAUUUGCCAUGCAGAUGGCGAAAGGAUGCAGCUCUGAAGAUUUUAAAAUCGAGAAUGUGGCUUCGAGCUUUCAGUUUCAAGCUCCAAUGAAUCGAAUCCCUGCUGCGUUUUCUUCUGAAAUGGGUACAGAAAUUGCCCCUCCUUCAAAUUCAUUAGAGAACUUUGUUAGGUCUUUGGGUUGCGUACAAAGUGACUCUUUGAAUGGAGAAAAGAUAUCCGCAGCUGGCAACAUGAAUAGAUACUAUGCAAAUUUUGGAGGAAUUGCUCAUGCUAGUGAGAAGAGAGAAACCCCGGCCAACUUCCAACAGAAAAUUGUUCAAACAAGGAAUAGUUAUUCAAAUUUCGAAAAUGCAUUCGCAAACGAUGUGAUCAACAAAAAUGAUGGGCUUCAGCUCCGCUAUUUUCCUGUUUCCUCAUCUCAAAAUGGCACUAGUAGCAUGUUUACUGGAUGGAAGUCAAACGUUAUUCCUAACAAACUCUUGUCCUCAAAUAUGAUGCAAGAUUCGAUGAAUGAGGAUAAACCAGUUCAAACAGUGGAAAUUGCAUUUCCGAAGCCAACCAUGCAAGAGUUCUUUCGUACAAGAAAUAUUGGUGCUCCAUCUUAUUCAUGGUGGUGUUCUUCAAAAGCUGCACCAGAGUUGAUUGGGAGACAAGCUUUUAGCUCUAUGCAAGGUGAAGGUUCACAGUAUCUUGGUAGCGAAAUGCAUCAAGUUCAAGCUGCAACUGUUGGGGGAUGUGGAGGCUUUAGAAGCCAUCUGGAGCAAGAAGGUCAAGUUUUAAAUGGUCUUAAGGCACCAGUGCAAAAGUCGCAGUAUUUUCAAGCUUUGACUAUUGGAGGUAAGAGCUAUGGAGGCAAUUUAAAUCAAGGAGGCCGACUUUCAAGUGGUUAUGACCUGCCAAUUGUGGAGCCAACGCUCAGUCGUGGUCUGACUGAUGAGGAGGUCUCUAUAAUGAAUGGAGGCAAUCUAGAAAUGGGAGGCCUGGUUCGGAAUCAGUUUAAGCCAACUGUGCUUGGAACUACACAGAUGCAAACAAUGACAAGCCAGCAAGAUGCAAGCAGCAGAGGCGAUUUUCGGCAAGGAGGCCAAGUUUACAACUUAUUCAAUCUGCAGAGCUGGAAUCACAACUCAUUCAAGCAGAGUGACUGAAAGGGGAAGGCAUUAGUAUAGAAUAAAUUUAGAACAGGGAGGAUAACUUUGGAAAUUGUGUUUGAAAAAUGAGCAGUAAGUAUUGGACAAAGAACUCAUUCUAUUCAUGUUUUAAAGUAGACUAAGUAUCAAGCCCGCGCCUUGCAGCAGCGGAUGUUAUACUUUUUGGUUUUUAUUUGUCUGGUGUGUUUCGGAUAAUUUUGAAGUAGUUUUUAUUAUCGCAUGUUAUGGAUGAAGUUUGGCGUUUAAUUGAAAUGAAAU